GUGAGAGUGGAGGAGCCUUCUCCUUUAAGCGGGGCAUCCCGGCUCCGGGUUUGGCAUUUUCUGCAGGCACGUGGCUUUGGGCUCUCUGGCUUUCUCCCUGGAAGGUUCUUUUGUCUUUGCAAAGGGCCCUUUCUGAUGCGCCCCCCGGACACAUGGCAGGAGCUGCUGGGGAAAGCGAACACGCUGUAAAGCAAGCGGGUGUGCAGGGGAGGGGGAGCACUUUGCACCCCCCCUAGCAGCAGCGCCCUUUUCAUUCUUCUGCUUCGUUCUCGCCAGCCCAGCGGGAGUCUGCAGGCGAACGCGGCUGGGCGCAGAAAGUUUCCGAGGAGCCUCGCCGAGCGGAUUUGCCUACCGGGCUGGUGGCUUGGAAGCGGGGUGCACUAGAGCCCCCCCCCACACGCGCAGCCCUGGGAAGCGGAGACUCGGAUUUGCAGCCAGAGCUGUGGCUGUGGCUCUGCCUCCCCCCCCAGCUGGGGGCAACCGGGAAGUUUGCAAAGGGACAACGUGGAGCACUAGGCGGAGCGUCUUUCUCCCACGCGUGUCCGUGAGCCACGCGGCGCCGGAGCCCCUUUGACUCCCUCCGCGUGGCGUGCCGCGGGGAGUGGCGGAGCCUGCCCCACGCAGGACGGCGGAAGGCAGGGGGCUUCCCGCCAUGCAGGGCCGGGCAGCAGCGCUGCGGGCGGCGCUCCUCUGCGCCGGCCUCAUCGCAGCCUUGCCCCCGCCGGCGGCAGGUGCUUGUGUCUACAGAGGGUCAUUGUUUGAGAACAACACCGUUUGGAAGCCAGACUCUUGCCAGGAGUGCAGAUGCCACAGUGACAUUCUCAUCUGUGAACCCGCUGUCUGCAGAUCCCCUCGGUGUGACUCUCAGAAGGGGGAAGUGCUCUGGACAGCCCCCAAUCAAUGCUGCCCUGAGUGUGCCUCAGGAACCGAAGAAUUUUGCCAGCAUGAAGGCCAAACCCAUGCGCAUGGCACGGAAUGGGCGAGUUCUGAGUGCACGCUUUGCUCCUGUGCCGAUGGGAAUGUUAACUGCCUCCCCAAGCCCUGCCCGCCCCUUGCUUGUGGCCGAGGAGAGCUGGAGUACAUCGCCCACAGAGAGUGCUGUCCCAAAUGUGUGGGCGCCGGUGAGUCCUGCUCCUUUGAUGGCCAGAUAUUUCGGGAUGCUGAGGAAUGGCACCCCAGCCGGUGUGCCAAGUGCGUCUGCAGGAAUGGGGCGACUCAGUGCUUCACAGUCGAAUGUCCAUCCGUGUGGUGCAGCCAGGAUGAAACCGUAGCUGUGUCUCCUGGAAAAUGUUGCCCAGAGUGUAUUCCGAAACCCUGCUCUGUGUCUGGAAAAGUGUAUGAGCAUGGUGAGCAGUGGAAGAAAAAUUCCUGCACUACGUGUGUGUGUGACAGAGGGGAAGCAAGGUGUCUUAAACAGGCCUGUGACCCACGUCCUUGUGAGAAGGAUCAGAGCAAAGUGCAGCGUCCUGGGAGCUGUUGCGAGGAGUGUGUUUCUUCCAAAGGAAGCUGCUUAUACGAAGGCACCGUCAGGUAUCACAAUGAGAUAUGGCACAGGAGUCGCUGUGAAUUCUGCACAUGUGAUGGAGGACAAGUCACGUGUCAGAAGGGAGAGUGUGCCGGAGUGGAGUGUGCCGAGGGUGAAGAAUUAGUUCAUUUGGAGGGGAAGUGCUGUCCUGAGUGUAUUUCAAGGGAUAGUUACUGUGUGUAUGGAGAACAUACCAAAGCUCCUGGAGAGAGGUGGAAAGAAGGCCUUGCAAGGAAGGUGGUUGAAGGAGACUGCUGCUCGCAGUGCCAAGCAGUGCGAUGCCACUCAGACUGCUCGGCCUGCUCUCGGUCCUUCGACCACUGUGACGUGUGCCGCGAUGCAACCCUGCUGCUCCAAAAUGGCCGCUGUGUCGGGCGCUGUGACUCUGGAUUCUAUCAGGAUGCCGGGGUUUGCUUAGCCUGCAUGGAGACAUGCUCCACCUGCACCAUUGGCUUUGAGUGUACCUCCUGUAAGGACUCCCUGCUGAUGAAAUACGGGCAGUGUGUGUCAUCGUGUGGGGAUGGAUUCUUCCAGGAUCACCUCCGCUGUGCAGCUUGUCAUGAGUCCUGCUCUGCAUGCUGGGGGUCUGCUGACAACAACUGCUUGGCCUGCAAAGACAGGUCUCGUGUUUUAAAUGCCGGCCUUUGUGUGGCCAGCUGUGGUCACGGCUUUUAUAUGAAGAAUGGAAUCUGCCAUGCGUGCGACCAGUCCUGCGAAACGUGUUCUUCAGUCCAACCCAUGUGUUUAACCUGUGCGUCGGAGAAGGUGUUACACAGUGGGAAAUGCAUUUCAGAAUGCCCUGGCGGUUAUUACAGAGACAGCACUCAGAGAUGCAGAGCUUGUCAUGAUUCUUGUGCCACUUGUCUUGGACCGCUGGCCACUCAGUGCACGUCCUGUUCCCGUUCUCUGGGUUUGCAGCAGGGCCAGUGCCUUCCAGCCUGCGGAGAGGGCUUUUAUCACGACCACCACGUCUGCAAAGACUGCCAUCCAUCUUGCCGUGCCUGUGUGGGCCCGGAGACUUCUCACUGCACCCAGUGCAGGAAGCCAGAGGAGGUAUUACAGCCUGGACAGCCCCUUGAGGAAGCACCAUACGGCACCUGUCUUCCUCAGUGCAAAGCCCAGUUCUACCUUGAGAACACCGGAGUGUGCAGAGAGUGCCACUAUUCAUGCUCAGCCUGCACAGGAAAGACUCCCCACAACUGUACGGCCUGCUCUUCCCCCCACGUCUUGCUUGACGGCAAGUGCUUCUCCGAGUGCCCGGAAGGAUUGUACAGACAGAAUGGCCUUUGCCACGCCUGCCAUCCGUCCUGCAAAAGCUGCCAUGGUCCUUCAGACUCUGACUGCAGAACCUGCCAUCCGCAUGCCACCCUUGUGCGUGGGAAGUGCAGGACUAGCUGCAAGGAGGAGCAGUAUCUCAACCUUGUGGGCUAUUGUGUUGGCUGCCACCCGUCGUGCCAUCAGUGUGUGGCUGAUCUCCACGACACGGGCAGUGUCUGCUUAAAGUGCCAGAACGCCCGUCACUUGCUGUUGGGGGAUCGCUGUGUCCCGGACUGUCCUGGGGGAUCCUACGCAGAUGGCGGAGCCUGUAAAAAGUGUCACCCCUCCUGCCAAACCUGCAGCGGUCAAGGGCCAUUCUCCUGCUCCUCCUGCGACUCCAGCCUCGUUUUGGCCCACACUGGCAUGUGCACUUCUGCCUGCUCUCUGGGGUAUUACAGGGAUGAGAGCCGGACCUGCAAACCUUGCAGUGUCCAGUGUCGGAGUUGUGAGUCGGCUGUGGGCUGUAUAUCAUGCAGAGACGCAGCUAAGGUUCUGUUGUUUGGGGAAUGCCAAUAUGAAAGCUGCACUCAGCAGUAUUAUCUUGAUUUUGCUACCAAGACUUGCAGAGAGUGUGACUGGAGCUGUAAUGCUUGCAAAGGCCCCGCGAGGACGGACUGUUUGCAGUGCAUGGAUGGCUACGUUCUGCAGGAGGGGGCCUGCGUAGAACAGUGCUCUUUAGCCUUCUACCGGGAAGCCGCCACGUGCCAGCGAUGUGAUGACCACUGCCUCCAGUGUAACCAUCCACAUGAAUGCUCUCGUUGCGAAGCUCCCUUUCUCCUUCUGGAAGCCCGGUGCGUCCCGGAGUGUGGGAAGCGAUAUUAUGCCAACCAAGCAGAACAGAAGUGUACAGCUUGCCCCGUGGGAUGCGUGGAGUGUGACAGUGCCCAUGAGUGCCAUCUCUGUGACACCGCCACCUUUCUGAAGAACAAGCUCUGUGUUUCUCGCUGUGGUCAUGGUUUCCAUGGCAACACCAGGACCGGGGCGUGUGAAGCUAACACAGCGAGGUCUGCUCCCCAUGCGAAUGGCUCACUCACAGUUGGGAUUGGUGGGGUCAAGCCCCUGGACUUGUCCUUCAUGGAGGCACAUGACCUGGGUGACGGGCUGCUGUUCCAUGUGGCCAGCUCUCCCACCAAUGGCAGGCUAGUGACAAUGGUGAACGGGAAAGCGGUGCAACUGGGCACAGGGGACGCCUUCAGCUGGGAGGACGUGGAGGAGAAGAGAGUCCGCUUUGUGCACAGCAGAGAGAAAUCCAGGAAAGGUCAGUUUUCCUUGAAAGUCAGCGAUCAGAGAUUCUUCUCCCAGUUGGAGGUGAUCACUGUGCAAGCAUUGUCCACACAGGCCCCGUACGUGCUCAGGAACGAAGUCCUCUUUCUCAGCAGAGGGGACGUGGGAUCAAUAACACGCACGUUGCUUGAUAUCCGCGACAGUGACAAUCCCCAGGAUGUAGAGGUGGUGGUAGUAGACCCUCCACACCACGGCCGCCUGGAAAAAGCUCCAGUGGACACAGCUUCUGCAGUCCAAGAAUUCAAUCUUGCUGAGCUGGCGAGCGGUCUCCUACGUUACGCUCACGAUGGUUCUGACAGUCAGGAUGACACGGUUCUUCUGCAAGUGAACGAUGGGUACCACUUCCAGAACAUCCUGUUCCACAUUAAGAUUUCUCCAAAGAACGAUGGAGGCUCCCGGCUGGUUACUGACCCCACGGUGUGGGUCCCCAAAGGAGGGAUGCUGCCGAUCACCAACAGAAUUUUGCAAGCAGAGGUGCCUGGUGCCAGUGAAUCUGAGAUAACCUACACAAUCGUCAAGGGCCAGCCAAAAUACGGGGAGGUGGUCCUUCUAGCUCCAAUGCCAGCAGAUGGCCCGGCUGACUCAUGGCAGCGUCUGUCAGCCGAAAGAGCGGCCAUGCCCACCACCUCUUUCACCCAGCACGAUAUCAACGAAGGUGUUGUGUGGUACCGGCACUCCGGAUCGCAAGUGGAGAGCGACUCUUUCUACUUCCAGGUAUCGAGUGCCGCUACUCCUCAAACCCACCUGGAGACCCACGUGUUCAACAUUGCUAUUCUCCCACAGCUACCCGAAGCACCGCAGCUCUCACUCGGGUCCUCGCUCCAUAUGACUGCACUGGAGGAUCGUGUGACAGUGAUUGAGCCCCAUCAUCUCUCCUUUGUAGACUCAGAGAGCCCGAGUGGGAAAAUCGUGUACAACGUGACGGCACCUCUGCUGCCAAAUCAAGGAAUUGUGGAGCACAGAGACAGGCCUCUCUCCCCAGUCAAGUAUUUCACACAAGCGGAUAUAAACCAUGGCAAGAUUGCUUACCGCCCACCCGCUGCAGCGCCACACAUCCAAGAGAUUAUGGCCUUCUCCUUUGCGGGUCUCCCGGAGUCAGUGAAUUUCAGUUUCACAGUGUCGGAUGGAGAGCAUACAACCCCAGAGCUGAUGUUUACCAUUCACCUGCUGUCGACUCACGAGCAACCUCCAGUCUUCCAGACGAUGGCUCCAUUUCUGGAGGUCAGCCAGGGCGGUGAAGCCGCAGUGGGGAUACAGCUGGCAGUGAGCGACGCAGACACCGCCCCUGAAGAUCUCUUCUUUGAGCUGGUGGAACCGCCCCGCUACGGGGCCUUGCUCAGGUAUCACGAUGGGGCGCAGGAGCACGUGAAAGCAGGCGACACCUUUCCAUAUGAGGAUGUCCCUGGAAAUGCUUUACAGUACGUCCACGAUGGCUCAUCAGUUGCAGAGGACAGCAUGGGAAUCUCCGUAUCGGACGGCGUUAGCACUGCGACAACGGUGCUGAAAGUCAGAGUGUCUCUGAUGGAUGGUGACGGUCCUCGCCUGGCCCCUGGCUGCUCGCUGAGUGUCACGGUGGCUAGUAAAAGCUCUGUGACUCUCUCACGAUCACACCUUGCUUAUAUUGAUAAUAAUUCUCCUGACUCAAAGAUAAGAGUUCAGUUAGUUUCUCUGCCCAUGUAUGGCACCCUCCUACGGAGAACAUCGGUGCAGUAUGCUGACGAGCUUUCUGAGGUUUAUAAUUUCACCAUGGAAGACAUCAACAACCAGAGAAUCAGAUACUCAACUGAGUUUGAGACCGACAAUCAGCCCGUCGUGGAUAUCUUCCACUUCACUGUCUUGGAUGUGGACAACAAUCGGCUCGACAGCCAGAUGUUUACCAUCACCAUCACAUCUGUCCAGAGCCAGCCUUCGAUCAUUGCUUUUGCUGACCUUAUCACUGUGGAUGAAGGAGGGAGGGUCGCGCUGUCAGUUCAUCAUCUCCUAGCCACCGAUUACGAUACAGCCAAAGAGGACCUCGUGGUUACAAUAAUUACGCUGCCCAGAUAUGGGUGCAUUGAGAACACAAGGACAGGUGGACGUUUUGGCCCCGGGGGCUCUGCAGGUGCAGAGGCAUCGUUCUCCAUGAACGACGUGCUGGAGAACAGCAUUUACUACUUUCAGAGCGUCCAUGAAAGCAUCGAGCCAACGAACGACGUCUUCACUUUCUACGUGAGUGAUGGCUUCAGCCGGUCCGAGACUCACAGCGUCAACAUCACCAUCCAGCAGCGGAAUGACGAGGCCCCAAAGAUGACGCUGGCGCCUGUCAGCGUGGGCAGCCACUCGGGGGCGGUGGUCAGCAAUGCCUCCUUGAGCCUGCAGGACCUGGACACGCCGGCGGAGCGGCUGGUCUUUGUCGUUACCAAAAGCCCUGACCAUGGCCGCCUCCGCAGGAGACAGUCUUACUCAGAGCCGCUGGAGAAUGGGCGUGUUCUGUCUCUGGGCUCCUCCUUCACCUAUCAGGACGUCCUGGACCAACUGAUUGUUUACACGCAGGGCAGUUCCAGAACACGGGCGGAUGAGUUCAGAUUCUCUCUCACAGAUGGGCUGCACACCGAGAGCGGGAGAGUGGAGUUCUCGAUGGAGAAUGAGCCACCCAGAUUAGCUGUGAACAGGGGCCUCCAGCUUUCAGCUGGCACUGUAGCACGCAUCACAAGCCAGCACUUAAAAGCUACAACUAUUGAUUCAGAUGACCUGAGGGUCAGGUAUGUCAUGAAGAAAGAUCCCAGUACUGGACGUCUGCAGAUGACUAAAAUUGAUAACCUCGUUCAGAUCUCGGUCAAGGGACCCAUCACAAGUUUCACCCAAGCUGAUAUAAAUAAAGGACAAGUGGAAUAUCAUCAUGAGAAGGGAGAGCCCGGAGGGCAUUUUGUUUUCAACUUCGAUGUGAUUGACGUAGAAGGCAACAAACUGGUUGACCAGGCAUUCUAUAUUAGCGUAUUAGAGGACAGACUUCCCCCCUCCAUCAUAGCUAACAAAGGGCUGGUCUUGGAUGAAAAUUCAGUGAAGAAGAUCACAACGCUGCAGCUCUCUGCUACUGACCAGGACAGUGAGCCUGCAACUCUCCUGUACAGAAUCACCAAACAGCCGCAGCUGGGUCACCUGGAGCAUGCGGCGUCACCAGGCACAAGGAUUAACUCAUUCAGCCAGGCAGACCUGGCCUCGCGCAGCAUCCAGUACAUCCACACCAGUGAGGCAGAGAAGCAUGCUGAUGCGUUCACCUUCUCCGUCUCGGAUGGAGCGAAUGAGGUCAGCCAGAUAUUUCACAUCACCAUUAAUCCAGUGGACGACGCGUUGCCUGUGGUGCAGAGCCCUGGGAUGCGAGUGCAGGAAGGGGUGAGGAAAACCAUCACGGAGUUUGAGCUUAAAGCCACAGAUGCAGACACAGAGGCUGAAUUGAUCACAUUCACCAUCGUGCAACCCCCUCGCCAUGGGCUGAUUGAACACACCAGCAAUGGGCAGCACUAUCGCCAGACAGCCACCUUCACCAUGGAUGACAUCUACCAGAACCGGGUCUCCUACAGCCACGAUGGCAGCAACUCCCUGAAGGAUCGCUUCACCUUCACUGUGUCAGAUGGGACCAAUCCCUUUUUCGUUGUGGAGGAUGGAGGGAAAGAAAUUGUGACAGCGGCACCGCAGCGAUUCAAAGUGGACAUUCUCCCUGUAGAUGAUGGGACCCCCAGAAUUGUCACCAACUUGGGCCUGCAGUGGCUGGAGUACAUGGAUGGCAUGGCCACAAAUCUGAUCACCAAGAAGGAACUACUGACUAUGGACCCCGACACAGAGGACAAACAGCUGAUCUAUGAGAUAACAACUAGACCCAAACAUGGUCAUGUGGAGAACAAGCUGAAACCAGGGACAGCUGUGACUAUGUUUACACAAGAGGAUGUGAACCUGGGACUGAUUCGGUACGUGCUGCUUGAAGAGAAGAUCCAGGAAACUGUGGAUAGCUUUCAGUUUCUAGUGAAAGACAGCAAGCCCAAUAUGGUCAGGGACAACGUCUUCCAUAUCCAGUGGUCUCUCAUCAGCUUUCAGUGCACUAGCUACAAUGUCAGCGAGAAGGCGGGCUUGGUCAGCGUGACGGUGAAGAGGAUCGGUAACCUGCACCAAUAUGCCAUUGUCCUGUGCCGCACAGAGCAGGGAACAGCUACUUCCAGCUCGAGUAUCACUUCCAAGCCGGGACAGCAGGACUAUGUAGAGUAUGCAGGCCAGGUGCAGUUUGAUGAAUGGGAGGAUACCAAAGCAUGUACCAUUGUCAUCAAUGAUGAUGACAUCUUUGAGAACCCAGAGAGCUUCACUGUAGAGCUCAGCAUGCCAGCUUAUGCUCUGCUGGGAGAGAUCACCCAGGCCAAAGUCAUGAUCAAUGAUACCGAGGAUGAACCCACUCUGCAGUUUGACAGGAAGACUUACCAUGUCAACGAGAGUGCUGGCUUCCUGUCCGCCCCCAUUGAAAGGAAAGGGGAUACCAGCAGCAUCGUAUCUGCCAUUUGCUACACCCUGUCCAAAUCUGCUAAAGGCAGCAGCCUUUACGCACUGGAGUCAGGUUCUGACUUCAAGUCGAGGGGGAUGUCGAAUGAGAACCGUGUUAUUUUGGGGCCCGGUGUCACCAUGUCAACCUGUGACAUCAAACUGAUCGAUGACAGCGAGUACGAGGAGGAGGAGGAGUUUGAAAUUGUCCUGGCAGAUGCCUCCAGUAAUGCGCGCAUAGGGGGCGUGGCUUCGGCCAAGGUGGUGAUCAGUGGUCCCAACGACGCCUCCACUGUGUUCCUGGGGAACGCGACUUUUACUGUCCAUGAGGAUGCAGGCACCAUUGACAUUCCAGUGAUCCGCCACGGCACUGACCUCUCAACCCCCACCUCAGUGUGGUGUGCAACUCGGACUUCAGAUCCUCCCUCGGCCAGCCCAGGAAUUGACUAUAUCCCCAGCUCCAAGAAAGUAGAGUUCAGACCAGGCCGAACAGAGGAGUACUGCACCUUGACAAUCCUGGAUGAUGCCCAGUACCCAGUAAUUGAAGGGUUGGAGACAUUUGUUGUAUACCUAAGCUCACCCCAUGGGGCUGAAUUGACCAAACCCUUCCAAGCUAUAGUAGCCAUUAACGACACCUUCCAAGAUGUACCCAGCAUGCAAUUUGGCAAGGACUUGUACACUGUGAAGGAGAAGGACGGUGUCCUGCACAUUCCUAUCAUCCGCACCGGAGACCUGAGCUAUGAGUCCUCUGUCAGGUGCUACACCCGGAGCCAGACAGCAGAAGUCAUGGCGGACUUCGAGGAGAGGAGAAAUGCGGAGGAUUCCCGCAUCACUUUUUUGAAAGGGGAGAAGGUAAAGAACUGCACUGUUUAUAUCAAUGACGACUCUGCUUUUGAACCGGAGGAGCAAUUCCGGAUCUAUCUUGGCAGUCCCCUUGGAAACCACUGGAGCGGAGCUAGAAUUGGGAAAAAUGACGUGGCCAGCAUUACUGUCUCCAAUGAUGAAGACGCACCUACCAUUGAGUUUGAGGAAGCUGCAUACCAAGUACGGGAGCCACCAGGCCCUGAGGGCAUUGCUGUUCUAAACAUCAAGGUGCUCAGAAGGGGGGACCAGAACAGGACCUCGAAGGUCCGCUGCAGCACCCGGGAUGGCUCAGCCCAGUCCGGAGUCGAUUAUUAUCCAAAGAGUCGAGUCCUCAAGUUCAGCCCUGGGGUGGAUCACGUCAUGUUUAAGGUGGAGAUCAUGUCUAACGAAGACCGGGAGUGGCAUGAGUCCUUUUCUGUGGUGCUGGGACCAGACGAUCCAGUGGAAGCUCUUCUAGGGGAUAUCAGCUCUGCGGUAGUGACCAUUCUGGAUCAGGAAGCAGCAGGGAGCCUUAUUUUACCAGCCCCUCCCAUUGUGGUCACUCUGGCAGACUAUGACCAUGUGGAGGAAGUAACCAAAGAAGGUGUAAAGAAGUCCCCUUCUCCUGGCUACCCACUGAUCUGCGUAACACCUUGUGAUCCUCACUUCCCCAAGUACUUAGUCAUGAAGGAGCGCUGCAAUGAGGCCGGGAUCAACCAGUCUUCGAUACAGUUCAGCUGGGAGGUGGCAACCCCCACUGAUGGGAAUGGGGCCAGAUCACCCUUUGAAAUGAUUACGGACACUACACCAUUCACUAGCAUCAACCACAUGGUGUUGGACAGCAUUUACUUCAGCCGGCGGUUCCAUGUGCGUUGUGUGGCAAAAGCCGUAGACAAGGCCGGGCAUGUGGGGACCCCGCUGAGAAGCAACAUAGUUACCAUAGGGACCGACAGCGCCAUCUGCCAUACUCCUGUGGUAGCUGGAACGGCCAGAGGAUACCAGGCUCAAUCAUUCAUUGCCACACUGAAGUAUCUGGAUGUCAAACACAAGGAACAUCCCAACAGAAUCCAUAUUUCCGUGCAAAUUCCCCACCAGGAUGGAAUGCUGCCUCUCAUCUCCACUAUGCCGCUGCACAACCUGCAUUUCCUUUUAUCUGAGUCCAUCUACAGACACCAGCAUGUCUGCUCGAACCUGGUCUCCAUCAGGGACCUGCAGGGCAUCUCGGAAGCAGGAUUCCUGGAUGAAGUGACCUAUGACAGCAUCAUUCUGGGUCCUGGAUAUGACCGUCCAUACCAGUUUGAUCCCACCGUGAGAGAACCAAAGACAAUCCAGCUCUACAAACACCUCAACCUGAAGAGCUGCAUUUGGACCUUUGAUGCUUACUAUGACAUGACAGAGUUAAUCGAUGUCUGUGGGGGAUCUGUAACUGCUGACUUCCAGGUGCGAGAUUCUGCCCAGUCUUUCCUGACCGUCCAUGUCCCUCUCUAUGUGUCCUACAUUUAUGUGACCGCACCAAGAGGCUGGGCUUCUCUCGAACAUCACACAGAGAUGGAAUUUUCUUUCUUCUAUGAUACUGUUCUCUGGAGAACAGGGAUUCAGACAGACAGCGUUCUCUCUGCCAGGCUGCAGAUAAUAAGGAUCUACAUCCGAGAGGAUGGCCGGCUGGUUAUUGAGUUCAAGACCCAUGCCAAAUUCAGAGGGCAUUUUGUGAUGGAGCACCACACGCUGCCAGAUGUGAAGUCUUUUAUAAUGACGCCAGACCACCUUGGAGGGAUUGAGUUUGAUCUGCAGCUUUUGUGGAGUGCGCAGACUUUUGAUUCCCCCUAUCAGCUGUGGAGGGCAACCAGUUCCUAUAACAGGAAGGACUAUUCUGGAGAGUACACAAUUUACUUAAUCCCUUGUACUGUGCAGCCCACGCAGCCGUGGAUCGACCCAGGAGAUAAACCAUUGGCUUGCACUGCUCAUGCCCCAGAAAGAUUUUUGAUCCCAAUUGCUUUCCAGCAGACAAACCGCCCGGUUCCUGUCGUAUACUCUCUGAACACAGAGUUUCAGCUCUGUAACAACGAGAAAGUAUUUUUGAUGGAUCCCACUAAAUCUGAAAUGUCUUUUGCAGAAAUGGAUUACAAAGGAGCUUUUUCAAAAGGUCAAAUCCUAUAUGGUCGUGUGCUUUGGAAUCCCGAACAAAAUCUAAAUGCUGCCUACAAACUGCAGCUGGAAAAAGUCUAUCUCUGUACGGGCAAGGAUGGUUAUGUGCCUUUCUUUGACCCAACUGGAACAAUCUAUAAUGAGGGACCACAGUAUGGCUGUAUUCAACCCAACAAGCACCUAAAACACAGAUUUUUGCUAUUGGACCGAAACCAACCUGAGGUAACUGAUAAGUACUUCCACGAUGUACCUUUCGAUGCUCACUUUGCCUCUGAAUUGUCUGAUUUCCACUUGGUGAGCAGCAUGCCAGGAGUGGAUGGAUUUACUAUGAAAGUGGAUGCUCUCUAUAAGGUGGAAGCUGGACACCAGUGGUACCUUCAGGUGAUCUAUAUAAUUGGCCCAGAAACCAUUGCAGGGCCCCGUGUUCAACGUUCUCUCACUCACCACCUGAAGCGCAGCCGCAGGGACCUGGUGGACAACAACGGCAGGCUGAUUCUGGAUGACUCCUUGAUCUAUGACAAUGAGGGCGACCAAGUCAAGAAUGGCACCAACAUGAAAUCACUGAGCCUGGAGGUUCAGGAAGCAGUGGUGGCUGCUUCCUUGUCACAAACAGGAGCUUCCAUAGGAAGUGCAUUUGCUGCCAUCAUGCUGUUGCUGCUUGUGCUCCUAUUAGUUUGCUUCAUAACCAGGAAAUGUCGAAAGCAGAAGAAGAAGAAGAAGCUUGCCAAAGAUGUCAUGGAGGAGUAUCCUCUCAACACCAAGAUAGAAUUACCCAAGAAAAACACAGAAAGGGCGGAAAAGAAUGUAAACAGACAAUACUGCACUGUGAGGAAUAUCAAUAUAUUAGGUGACAGUGAGGGUGCCUACAAAGUCAAAGGUGUUACGGUCAAACAAGUGAACUUAGAAGUCAAAGUUCACAACAAUUUACAUGAUGGAACAGAAGUUUGAGUGUGCACUUUUUUUGUAAAAGCUUUUUAUAAAUUGUAAAAAUAAUAAUAAUAAUAAUAAUUAAAAAUGUUCCUGGUAUUUUUAUAAUCUUGUGGAAAAGGGAAGAAUAUAGCUUUGAGUGGUGGGCAGCAAUGCAUCCUCCCAUGCUUCAACUCACAACUGAGCUACCUCAUUCAAAGCAAAACUGCAUUGAGACACUCAAGGCAGAAACUAUUGAAAUUUUCAUGUGGUAUCUCUACUACACCACUUUCCUCCCAGCAUUCCUGGGAGCCAAAUAUUUAGGCAAACUCGAGUGAUUCUAAUAAGAACAGUUCAAUCUAAUGGGGCUUAAUAAUGCUGGAAGAUGAAUGGUGCAGUGCAGCAUCCUUAUAUCAGACACAGUGUUUAGAAAAGAUAUCAUAUGAGAGCUGGAAUCUAUUCAAAUCCACUCUAAACUGCUUUCCUUUGUUCUUCCUUUAUGCUGGGUGACAUAUGCAGAACGUGACAGUUUUGUUCAAGAGUGCAGGCACACACAGCCAGUUCUGAAGCUAAUGCCAGUAUCUUCUCAAUGGAUGAUCUGCAUAAAAGUGAAAUGCUGUUUGAGAAAAUCACCCCAUGCAGAGCACCCACACAUAGCAGUGUAUAUCACUUACACCCCAUGUUAAAAGGGAAUUAAGUUGUGCUCCGCACCUUCUGCACUGGAGUGAUUGUCACUCGCGAUUGAGUAUAAAUCGUCUAUGCUCCUUUUUAGAGAUUCAGGGUGAAAUCCUGGCCCCAUUGAAAUCAAUGGCAAGACUCCCACUUAUUUCUCUCUGACUCUUUGAACUGCCAGUCCCAUUAUCUCCUUUCAACUCAGUGACAUUUGGAACCCAAAGUCAUCUGUCUGAUCAACUAGUCAGUAGCAGCAGCAGCAGCAUAUUCCUCUAUUCUAUGUUAUAAGACUGAAACAGCUUUCAUUGAGGAGACUCCACAAAAACCAAUGUAAAGAACUAUUUGGAGCCAACUAGACAAGGGAGUUGUCAACUCUGGGGUUGCAGACAGUUGUUGGUAGGUCACAAUGCCCUUUCCAUAUUGUUAAAUGGGCUGGAGUCUCAGCUAAAUCCCAGUUACUGUAUAUGGGGGGCAAAUCGUAGUGUUGAGAACCAUUGAUAAGGAUAAGCAGUUGAAUCGUUCUAACCGUUGCCUACAAUGAUCUUUAGCACUUUUGUAUUGUAGUGUGCUACAUUUUCAUGGUGCAGAACAAACAUUAAUGAAUCUCUUAGCAUUAUUCCCAACUCAUAUUUGAUUUUGAUGAAAUACGAAAACUUUUCUCUCCUCACAUUGUCAGAUAUGGUACUGAUGGAAUAAUUGCUCUACUGCAUGAUGUACUAGAAAUCAUGUGUCUGGAGGUGCACUGGAAAUCAUUUGUCCAUAAGCACCCCAUGCCUUUUAUUUAUGAAACCAUUGCCUUAUCUGUGAUCUCCAAACUUAUCAAUCACUCCUAGGUGCACUUAAACUGUAUGAUGUCUGGAACACACGCUCAGCUUCCAAACUUUGAGUUCCAGCUCUGUGCAAACUGGAAAUAAAGCAGCUGACAGUCUCUGCAAACUUUAGGGUUUUAGGUUUCCCACAUUAUUUAAAAACCCACAGAACAACACGUGUCUUCAUUUUUCAAAAAGUUAACACUAUAUAUAUAUUUAAUGGAGGUGGGGGGGGGGAAAUCGAAAACUUGCUUUGACUGCAGUGGAGCAACAGCAACUCUGGUGCUUAAUAUUUCCACUCACACUGUAUAAGGUUCCAUUUGUAAACAGUUUACAAAUUAUUAAUAGAUGUUUCAGUAAAGAAUCCUCAUAAAGGAGGCCAGAUUCAUUAUCCAUUUUUAUAAAAGGGGGAACUGGGGUACAGAGAAGGGAACUGACUUGCCCAAUAUGACCCAUUGACAGAGCCAGGAAGAACCUUGGGUCUCCAGAGUCUAGGGACUGUUCACUAGCCACUAAGCUACAAUGCUUAAAUCAGUUUUAGAGGCCCACAGUUUGCUCAAUCACUUGAUGCAUUCUACCAUAUCUUAUGUCUGCAACAUGCUUCUAACACCGCUGCUCAUGCCUGGUAGUUCAGGCACUUGGCUUACCACUACAUACUCAUACCAAAGUCACACAGACAUGCCUAAAACCCCCCAAUAUUUUUCAGCUGUCUAAGAUCUGAUAUUAUUCUUCUAGGUCUAGUAGGCAUUUGGCAGAUGUUUGUCUGUUUUCCCACAGAUUCAACAGCAACUUGAUAGUGUGUGUAAAUAUAGUAUGUAAUGUGCAAUUUCGGAGUAGAGGUGAGAUCUAAUUAUUCCACUUAAAUGUUUACAGGGGGCCUGCCUUUUCUCCAUAUGAUGCAUGCAGACUGCUCCCACCACUGAUCAUUUAACUAUAAGCUCUGCAUGGCAAGUACUGUCUGCCUUGUGUUCUGAACAGCACUGAGUUGGUUAGUGCCUAACACCAGAUAUAUCAUUGUGUGAAAUGGGAAUGUUACGCAUAUGUUUAUGGAAAGUGGCAGUAGAUCCACCUGACUUCACACACUGUGUAAUAGUAAAACUUGGGAUUCCUCCUGUGCAGUGUUCACAAAAUAAAUACAGGGACCAUCCCCUGCAGAUUAAUUAUGACAAAACUUCACAAUGGGGAGCUGCUUAUGGAAAAUUAAAAAGCCUGCAAAAUUUGGGAUGUUCCUUCACCUCACUUUGAUUGUCAAUAUCCGAUCUGUUAGACGCACACUUAAAAUGAAAGUGUUGAAGCUCUGGAUUUGUGACUUAAUCAUUUUAUUCACAGUUGUCAACUAUGUUUUAUAUCUGUUGAUGAUAAAUGUGGGUGGUAUUUCAUUCAGAUAUGUAGCACCCACGUAGUCUCAGCUUCUGCAGUUUGCUUAUUAAUGAAUUAUAAAUCUUACUGUAUUUUUUUAAUGUACCGAGGUUAGUACAAAUGAAACCUUGGAAGAUAAUUUUCUCUUGUGUAUUAUGGUGCUGUAUAAACAGAGACAAGAUGCGAUGUUACAGUUCUCUAUACUUGUACAAUUGCUUUAACUUGAUGAGGCUGAGGAAAUUAUAUAUUUCUGUUCCUUAGAAAUAAUAAUGUUGAGACAGGCUUAUGUAUGACUGCAUUUUGCUGACUGCGUGCGUCUAUUGUUCUGAUAUUCUUCAGUUAUUUUACUGUACAUUGUACCUCCUCCCCCACACCCAUGUGAAGACCUUCUGAUAUGAUUUGAAUAAACCACUUGUGGUGCUGUCAA